UACCUGUCACCAUUUUCCUCCAUCUUCCCUCACUUCCUAUCACCCCUCCUUUAAAUAUCACAUUAAUUCAUUCCAGAAUCCAUUCAAAAUCCCACAAAUUAUCUGCUUCCUUCCCAGCUACCUGUUCCAGAUCCAAAUGGUCAAGAACAUCAUGAAGUUGCCUUCUCUCUUUAAGAACAAGGAAACAAAGCAGCAGCAGCAGCCAUGGCAGUGGCCCUUAUGCAACCACCCCAAGACUCUGUCUUUCCGAGCUGGGAGUACUGGGGACGACAUGUUCAAGACAGUCAACUCUGUUUUCUUCGAUCCCAACAUCGUUGCUGACGGGGUCGAAACGCCCGAGUCGUGGUUCACAAACUCGUCGGAGUCAGCAAGCCACAACUCGACUGAGUCCUCCGACGACUUCGACGGCGAGUCGUUGGAGCUGGUGGUGCGUGGCGUGCGGUCUGAGAGGCUGUUCUUCGAGCCCGGCGCCGACACGAGCUCGAUUCUGGGGAAGGCAAAAGACGUCGGCGGGUUUCCGUUCAAAGAGAGCGUUGUGUUGGCGAUGGACUCGGAGGAUCCGUACGUCGAUUUCAGGCGGUCGAUGGAGGAGAUGGUGGAGUCUCAUGGGCUGAAAGAUUGGGAGUGCUUGGAGGAGCUGCUCGGGUGGUAUUUGCGGGUCAACGGGAAGAAGAACCAUGGGUUUAUCGUCGGAGCAUUUGUGGAUCUGCUUGUUGGUCUUAAUGCUAGUAAUUCCUGUUCAGAUUCCACGUCUUAUUCUUCUGCCGUGUCUUCUUUCUCUUGCUCUCUGCUCUGUUCAUCUCAGGGCCAGAGUGAGAUUGAUGAGGUAGAGAAGAUGAUAAUGUCUUAGCUUUUUUAUUAUUAUUAUUAUUAUUAUUAUUAUUAUUUUAAAUUUUUUUUUUUUGUAUAUUAGUAGGUUAAAAAAUUGACAAUAUAUUGAGAUAUGAAAUGCUCUCUAUCCUUCUAA